AUUUAUAGAAACCCUCCAUCAUCACAAUCCACAAAUUACCUGAAUUUCUCCCAAUCAAAAAAAUUUCAAUAAACUCAUUACUAUACUAUUAUAAGCACGUACCUCCUCCUAAUUUCUUUUAUCAAUUACAUCUCCAUAAUAUCCAUAAUGAAGAAAAUCGUGUUGAAUGUAAACAUCUUCUGUGAAAAGUGCAAGAAGGAAGUACUAACAUCGGUCACCAAGCUUGAAGGGAUAAACGAAGUUGGGGUUGAUCCAGAAAAGGGGACAGUAACGGUGGUGGGAGAUGUUGACCCAGUUAUGAUAGUCAAACAAAUAAAAAAGGCUGGAAAAUGUGCUACUAUUGUAAGUGUUGGACCACCCAAGCCAAUAGAACAACCCAAAAUUAUCAUAAUUCUCCCUCCAUACUGCAACGAUUGCCAACUCGUCGCCGUCAGCCACACUUCUUACUCCAGCCCCGGUUGCAGCAUCCUUUGAUAGGUGGCUCCGACCCCAGCCCCAGCCCCAGCACCAGCCCGCGGUGGUGGUGCCACCCGUGGCGUUGCCCUAAAUUAAUUCCUACAAACUCUUUUUCAUGCAUGUAUAAUAUUGUAUGAUAAUAUUAUUAUUUUAAGUGACUUAAUAAUUUAUUAUUUAUUGGAUAAGAAUUGAGAUUUGAUUUUUUUUUUUAA